CUAGGAAACCAGACGCUGCUGCCACCACCCGCCUGCGGGAGCCGCUGGCCUCCGGGGCCACCUCCACCCGGCCCCACCGACCCUCCUGGGGCCAGGCACGCCAAGUGUGAGCAGCCUCAUGCUGGCCGGCGGCUGCGUGUGGGACAUGGCCCAGUCCUCCUCCACUGCCCCUGAUGAGGAGUCCACCUUUGAACAUCUUUGGAGCUCACUAGAGCCAGACAGCACCUACUUCGACCUCUCUCAGUCCAGCCAGGGGAACACGGAAGCAGUGGGCAGUGCGGAGGCCAGCAUGGACGUCUUCCACCUGCAGGACAUGUCCACUCCUGUCAUGGCCCAGUUCAAUUUGCUCAGCAGCACUAUGGAGCAGAUGAGCAGCCGCGCAGCCCCGGCCAGCCCCUACACCCCGGAGCACGCCGCCAGCGUGCCCACCCACUCGCCCUACGCCCAGCCCAGCUCCACCUUUGACACCAUGUCGCCCGCACCCGUCAUCCCCUCCAACACCGACUACCCCGGCCCCCACCACUUCGAGGUCACCUUCCAGCAGUCCAGCACAGCCAAGUCCGCCACCUGGACGUACUCCCCAAUGCUGAAGAAGCUUUACUGCCAAAUCGCCAAGACGUGCCCCAUCCAGAUCAAGGUGUCCACGCCGCCCCCCCCUGGCACCGCCAUCCGGGCCAUGCCCGUCUACAAGAAGGCAGAACACGUGACCGAUGUCGUGAAGCGCUGCCCCAACCAUGAGCUCGGGAGGGACUUCAACGAAGGACAGUCUGCCCCGGCCAGCCACCUCAUCCGCGUGGAGGGCAACAACCUCUCGCAGUAUGUGGACGACCCUGUCACCGGCAGGCAGAGCGUCGUGGUGCCCUACGAGCCCCCACAGGUGGGGACAGAAUUCACCACCAUCCUGUACAACUUCAUGUGUAACAGCAGCUGUGUGGGGGGCAUGAACCGGCGGCCCAUCCUCAUCAUCAUCACUCUGGAGACCCGGGACGGGCAGGUGCUAGGCCGCAGGUCCUUCGAGGGUCGCAUCUGCGCCUGUCCUGGGCGUGACCGCAAGGCCGACGAGGACCACUACCGUGAGCAGCAGGCUCUGAACGAGAACGCCACAAAGAACGGGGCUGCCAGCAAGCGUGCUUUCAAGCAGAGCCCCCCUGCCAUCCCCGCCCUGGGCGCCAACAUGAAGAAGAGACGGCACGGGGACGAGGACAUGUACUACAUGCACGUGAGGGGCCGGGAGAACUUUGAGAUCCUGAUGAAGGUCAAAGAGAGCCUGGAGCUCAUGGAGCUUGUGCCGCAGCCCCUCAUCGACUCCUACCGGCAGCAGCAGCAGCAGCAGCUUCUACAGCGGCCGAGCCACCUGCAGCCGCCGUCCUACGGGCCCGUCCUCGCCCCCAUGAGCAAAGUGCACGGCAGUGUCAACAAGCUGCCCCCCGUCAACCAGCUGGUGGGCCAGGCUCCCCCGCACACCUCGGCCGCCGGGCCCAGCCUGGGGCCCAUGGCCCCGGCGAUGCUCAGCAGCCACAGCCAUGCCAUGCCCACCAAUGGUGAGCUGAACGGCGGCCACAGCUCCCAGACCAUGGUCUCGGGGUCCCACUGCACCCCGCCACCCCCCUACCAUGCCGACCCCAGCCUCGUCAGUUUUUUGACAGGACUGGGCUGCCCCAACUGCAUCGAGUACUUUACCUCCCAAGGGUUACAGAACAUGUACCACCUGCAGAACCUAACCAUAGAGGACCUCGGGGCCCUGAAGAUCCCGGACCAGUACCGCAUGACCAUCUGGAGGGGCCUGCAGGACCUGAAGCAGGGCCACGACUGCGGCCAGCAGCUUCUGCGGUCCAGCAGCAACGCCGCCACCAUCUCCAUUGGCGGCUCAGGCGAGCUGCAGCGGCAGCGGGUCAUGGAGGCCGUGCACUUCCGCGUGCGUCACACCAUCACCAUCCCCAACCGCAGCGGCCCGGGGGGCGGGGCGGCCGGCACGGACGAGUGGGCCGACUUCGGCUUCGACCUGCCCGACUGCAAGUCCCGCAAGCAGCCCAUCAAGGAGGAGUUCCCGGAGAGCGAGGGGCACUGAGGGCAGUGCCCUCGCGCCUUCCUUGCCGCAGGACAGACAGGACACUGGGCGGUGCCCAGGGACACGGCAGAGUCCACCUGCCCAGCACCGCUUCUGAGGGACAUCGCUGGCCUCGGGCGGUGCCGAGGCCCGGAGGCCACCUGCCGACAGCCUGGACGCCUGUAGAAAACUCCUGAGCUGCCCACUGUGUACCUGCAGGGCCCAGGCCGGGCCGUCCCGGUGCUGGGCACUGUGCCCAGGGACCGCUGUCCUUCGCUGACUGCCAGCAAGGAUUCCCACGCCCAAGGACGGGCAGCAGCCGGCAGCCGAGGCCUGUGUCUAGGACGCCGGGUUUGCAGGCUGGUGUGUACGCCGUGUCUCUGCUCAAGGCCGGGCUGGGGACUCCUCUGCAGGACACGAGGACCGGCUCUGUCCCUAGCCCAUGGCUCUGCAGGGACCGCGGUGACUUUCCUGCUUCACACAGAAACCUGGGUUUGCUGGAACUGGAGCUGGCUAUGCCGCAAGGAAGCUCCUGGUGCUGGGGACCCUGCUGAGCAGAUCGAGGGACGGCUGUACUCAGACUGCUGGAAAUUGUCAAUAUUUGAUAAAACGAUACACUUUUCUA